AUGGCUCCGGUGGCGCGCGGCCCCUCGGCCGGCCGAUCGAGACGACACUGUGGUCGAUCGAGUGGGGGCAUCGCGGAGCUGGUGAACCAUCCGGCGAUCCAGUCCAAGCUCCGGGAGGAGCUGGCCUCGGUGCUGGGCGCCGGCGUGCCUGUGACGGAGCCGGACCUCGAGCGCCUCCCCUACCUCCAGGCCACCGUCAAGGAGACGCUCCGCCUGCGCAUGGCCAUCCCGCUGCUGGUGCCCCACAUGAACCUCAACGACGGCAAGCUCGCCGGCUACGACAUCCCCGCCGAGUCCAAGAUCCUCGUCAACGCCUGA